AAAGUUCAAUUAUUUUUAAUUCGUGGAAAAAUAUUGCAUAGUAAAACAGAAACUGUGCGUAGGUGUAUUGGUGGCUCCAAUAACAAGCAACGUUUUUGGGGAAUAUUCGCUGAAGUACAGAAUAUCCAGCAUGGAAACCAAAAAUCAAGCAUGCCGGCAGAAAAUUGCCUGGGCCAGAUUGUGCUGCAAAAACAUAACCUCUUUUGAAGCUCUGGACCUAAUCAACGAGGAGUUCUCCGUAGGACGUGCCUGGGAGAGUUCUUUGGUCCUCACCCUUAGGGAGCUGCCCGAGCGCAUCCUGAAAGUCAUUUCCAAAGUCCACUUUAUUAUCAAACGAGCCAACAGCGAUCCGUCCUGCCCUAUUUACAUACAGGAUGUCUCACAGAACGGCACCUUUGUGAAUAACGAAAAAAUUGGCCGCAACAAGGAGCACGUGUUGAAAGAUGGCGACGCUAUUUCCUUUUCCCAAAACACAGACAACUUGCUGGUGUUCGUGGAUCUCAGACUUCCGGUGGAGUUAACUAAACGAUAUAAUGAAAUUCGCAAACUCGGUUCCGGGGCCUGUGGACUGGUGCGCCUUGUCAGUGAUACUAGCACUGGCCAGCAGUUCGCUAUGAAGAUUGUGAAAAAAAGGGUGUCGGCGACUGCACGCUCCAUAGACCCAGUGCUAAAGGAGGUCGAGAUCAUGAGAAUUCUAUCGCAUCCGUGUGUAGUUCGUUUGCACGAUGUCCAUGACAGACCGGAGGCCAUUUAUAUGCUGCUGGAGGUUGUGGCGGGCGGUGAUCUCUGCAAACGGAUCCAAAUCAAGGACUAUCUCAGCGAGGAGAUAGCUAAGCUGUACUUUUACCAAAUCUGUCAUGCCGUUAAGUAUAUUCAUGACUGCGGCAUAAUCCACCGCGACCUUAAGCUGGAAAAUGUCUUGCUGGCGACCAAUGACGAGGAGACCCUGCUGAAGGUCUGCGACUUUGGUCUGAGUACGUUUAUGCAGAUAAACCUUCCAGACGAACCUCCUGUUGUCGCCCAACUGGUUUGCACACCGAAAGCGGAUAUCUGGAGCUUGGGAGUGUUACUCUUCUGCUGCCUGAGCGGAACGUGGCCUUUCUCUUCCAACGAAGGCCUUACCUUGGGCGAUUCCAUAUUAAGUGGAAAGUUCGCCUUUAAUGCACCGCAAUGGAAGAAUGUCUCGCAGGCCGCGAAGCUUCUGAUUACCGAAAUCUUCAAUGUGGAUCCAAAAAAACGUCCAUCAAUCGACUACAUUCUGCAGUGCACCUGGCUAAAGGACGCGCCAAUGCAGCAGAAAGCUAAGAAGCUAAUGAAGCUCUGAAGCGUGAAAAGCUAGAAGGAAUAAGUAUGUGGUACGCCCUAAGCGUUCGAGAGGCAUUUGAAAACAUUUUUAUUUUCAACUUUAGUUCCAUCUUAUCUGCUCUGUCAUCC